CGUCACAUCCGGUCCAGGCCUGCGCAGCGGUAUGUCUCUUCCUCAUCCUUGAAGAAGUCUAUCAGCGAACAGCGGGACAAGAAUUGGAUUGCAACAUCAUAUUUGUCUUCGUAUACCGGAUUAAACAUCAUUUGUGUGUCGAUAUAUCGAGUUAAACGUCAUUGUGUGUGUGGAGAGACACUGAAUGGAUCAUGGAGUGUGUUCCUGCUGUUCUGGAUGAGUUGGAUGGCAGAAAGGAGGCACACAUAGAGGACCGCGAGCAUAAUGUGUACACGCGCUUCAUGAAAUCACACCGUUGUUAUGAUCUGGUGCCUACCAGCUCAAAGUUAGUUGUGUUUGACACUUCACUUCAGGUGAAGAAAGCUUUCUUUGCUUUAGUAUCUAAUGGGGUGAGAGCGGCUCCUCUCUGGGACAGCAAGAAGCAAUGCUUUGUGGGAAUGCUGACCAUCACAGACUUCAUCAAUAUACUUCAUCGCUAUUACAAAUCACCUCUGGUUCAGAUAUACGAGUUAGAGGAGCACAAAAUUGAGACGUGGAGAGAGGUCUAUCUGCAAGAUUCCUUCAAGCCUCUCGUGAGCAUAUCGCCCAAUGCCAGUCUGUACGAUGCUGUUUCAUCUCUGCUGAAGAAUAAGAUCCACCGAUUACCUGUGAUCGAUCCUCUGACAGGAAACACGCUUUACAUCCUAACACACAAGAGGAUCCUCAAAUUUCUCAAGCUCUUUAUAUCAGAGAUCCCCAAACGUGCGUUUCUCUUUCAAACGCUGGAGGAGCUGAACAUCGGGACGUUUGACAACAUCGCAGUCGUGCAUGCUGACACGCCGGUCUACGCCGCGUUGGGAAUCUUCGUGGAUCAGCGGGUGUCCGCACUUCCUGUGGUGGAUGAGAACGGACGAGUGGUUGACAUUUACUCCAAGUUUGACGUUAUAAAUCUAGCAGCUGAGAAGACGUAUAAUAAUCUGGACAUCACUGUGACGAAAGCACUUCAGCAUCGCUCGCAACAUUUCGAGGGCGUGCUCACCUGCCGAGCCACUGAAACUUUAGAAGCCAUCAUUAACCGACUGGUGGAGGCCGAGGUUCACAGGUUAGUAAUCGUGGAUGAACAGGAAGUCGUGAAAGGCAUCGUUUCUCUCUCGGAUAUCUUGCAGGCUUUGGUCCUCACCAGUGGAGAUGAUGGUCUGGCUUGAUGAAAGUAAACGUCAUUGAAGGAGAGCAUCUCUCUCAAGACAAGAACUUUAUAAAGCACAAUGUCAGUUUUUAGAUAUCCAGCUGUUCCUAUGAAGAAACUUUUUUUUAUAUAGAGCCUCAAACCCUCUUUUUCACGUCAAAUAGGAAAUGAAAUGAUUCUGAUUUUAUUUAGUAGAAAACCUCAAAAUCCACAUGUUGCAGAGCGAGUGUUAUUUAUGAAAAUGUGGCGAAGCGACACGAACAUGUAGGGCAGCUGUUUGAAGGGCACAACAAAGUUUGCAUGCAAAACGCAAGAUUUAACAUCAUCAUUGCAGAAGAAAUUAUUUGUUUUAAAUGAUACUGGUUUCAGUUUUUAGCCGUUGAACAGGGUAAUGUAGUUUAUUUGCAUUGCAGUGGGCAUUUGAGAUGGUUUAAGUGAGUUAUGUGUUGACUGAUUCUCUAAAGCACAAUAUGAAAUAUGACUGAAAAUGACCACACAUGAUACAAAUCAUUCCUAUUUUUGUUUAAAAACUAGAUUUUUGUUAUUCAACACUAAAAUGAAUUUCAAUAUCUUUACAAUGUGAAGCAGAGCUGAAAUAAGUGAUGCUUAACGGCGUUUGAUAUGAUUGCAACAUCAAAUCAUGUGUUCAUUAUCUUUCAUUUUUUUGAUUUGUUAUUUGCAUUGCUCGUGUUUCUGGUGUGUUACAGAAGAACUGCUGAUGGGUUUAUAUUACAAUGCCACUGAUUUCAGUCCACUUUGAGUGCAAAAAUCAUUUGAAGUAUUUAGUUUGAUAUAAAGUAUGAGAUGUAACAGGAUGACAGUCAGGGUGAUUCAACAUGGGAACAUUUUUUAAGCAAGGUUGUUAUGAAACUUCCUGCCAGCUGUAUGACAAAAAUGUUGUUUAGUUAGAUGUGUGACCAUUUCCUUUCCAUACUUUUCUUUGAUCUACACUAGUCAACAUCAAAACCUUUCAUAAAAGUUGUUUUAAAAUGUUGACCAAUACCCAUUCUUGGCUUAGGACAACUUGAUCCACUUAAAAUGUAGACUAGGAAAAAUGUACAGUUGGGUCCAAAAGUUGAGGACUACCAGUGAAAAAUCCUUUUAUUUUAAAUAAUUUUCUGUUUUGCUUUUUAUCCCCUCAUAAAAAUCUGACUUUUUCCAUGUUUAAGUGCUAUAAUUGUGUCCCCAGUGCUUCUAUCAACCUAGAAAAUAUGAAAAAGAUCAACCCAGUAACUUAGUUUUGGUAAUUUAUUCUCUGCAAGCAUGUGAAAAUAUAGCUCAUUGAAAUUCAGCUCCCUUUGUGAUGUCAUAAUAAUACCACCACAUUUACAGCAAAAUUAUAUUUCAAUUUUAACAAACCACCAUCAUUGCGAUCAGUGUUUGCAUUUCAUCAGCUCAUAUUCAUUUUAAAGGACACACCCAAAAAACGGCACAUUUUUGCUCUGACCUACGAAGUGCCAAUUUUAACAUGCUAUAAUAAAUUAUCUGUGGGGUAUUUUGAGCUAAAACUUCACAUAUGUACUCUGGGGACCCCAAAGAUUUAUUUUACAUUUUAAAAAAGUAAAGUCUUGUGAAAUGUCCCUUUUCAACAACUGUGUGCAUUCAUUGAGGUAGGAACGUCUGCCUUUUUGUACAAAAUACCAAAUCUGACCUUUUGUAUGAAGAAGUUACAGAUUUGUUUACACUUGUUUGGUUAGCAAUAUGCAUAACUUUACAUUUUUAAUUCCUAAACAUUACGAUUUCAAUAAACUUUAAAGAUAUUCCCAAGAGUAUGUGUAAGAAUAAGCUUUUGAUUAAGUGCUGAUAUAUUAAUGUAAUCUGGACUGAAACUUGCUUAUUUUCACAGCCCAUUAAACAAGCAACAUGAGGAAACACUGAACGCUGCUCAAUGGCCUCUUGUGCUCCUCAGAUUUCCUAUAAGGAAAAAGUUUCUUCCAUCAUUUCAUUGUAAUAUAUUUUGCUGGUAUUACUCUGUAAUGACUUUUAUGAAUUCAUUUUAUAAAUUGUAAAUACACCUGAACUGUUUUCUAUCACAUCAAAUAUGUGCAUGAGCAAAAUAAAAUUGAUCCAGUUUGUCAA